GCUCUGUUAUUUUUCGAAUAUCAACGCGAGGCCUGCUGGCGGGCGGAGAAGGAGCCACCGGGUGCGCGUAGCGAAGCGGGGCGGAGCCGAGCCUCCCUCCCGCCCCCCACGCCUGCUACAAAACCCAUUCUCCCGAGGCUGGCAGCUCUCCUUUUUUAUUGCCCCUGCAGCGUCUGUCCUCGUUUUUCCCGCUUCCCUUCCCAUUCCCGAGCAGUGCAGUUCUUGGCGGUGCGCUUUAAGCUUCUACAGCGAGUGGGACGCCGCCGCCUCCUCCUGCGAUUCCUCCGCCGCUCGGCGAGCCUGUGAGCCUGCUUCCUCCAGCUAGCCAGGCAGCUGGCCCCGGGCAUUCCCCCUUCCCAAGCGCGGCGCAUCGAAGGGCCGGUGUCGCGAGCCAGCGCCUCUUCCUUUGGGCCGCGCCAGAUGGAGAUGGACGGGCCCCCCGGGAGCUCCCCCGAGCCUUGCCGAGAAGCCAGGAGACCGAGGAAGCUCCUCGGUCUGUCUUGCAGUCUCCUGGCCGGGGUGAAGCCUCUUUUCCCCGCGGAAGCCGCAGCCGGCGGCGUGAUGUCUCCGGUGACCACUUUGGCCCUGAAUAUGGACAAGCUGGCCGGCCUAGGGAGCCCCCCUGGUUACAGUGAUUGUGACACGCCGAAGCGGAGAAAGAGGCUGGGCCUGGACUUCAAGAAGGAGUGGUCCUCGCAGGAUUCGGUCUCGUCGGAGUCUUCGCAGGAGUCUGUAGAUUCAGGUAUGGGUCCAGAUUCCCCUGGAGAGCCAGACAUGGAGAACUUUGAAGAUGCAUUUGAGAGGGCCGUGUUGGAACCUCGGAGCGUCUUCAAAAAUGAAAGUUUCCCCAUCAGAAGAAUCCAGUCUUUGCCGGUUCGGUUUCUGGGUGCGAGUCCUACGCUAAGAAACAUUUCUAACUGCGAGGAAUUCAACAGUCCUGGGGUCGUUGAGAGGAACUCGGCGCUCAAAGGCAACGGGGAAAAUGAAGGCGUCCUCUUUAAGAAACCCCUGCGCCCUGCAGGCAGGUUGUGCACCUCUGGUGGGGCUGGUGAGAAGGACCUCUUUGCACAGAGACCAAACUCUGCUCCUGAUCUCAUGUAUUGCAGUCCAGAGAAGGAGAAUGUGAGCCCCACGUCCGAGAACCGAGUCUACCUCCGCUGCUCCUCCUUGGCCUACUUCAUGACUGACAAAGAUGAAGAUGAUGGGUUUUUGGAAAUCCUGGAUGAAGAAUUGAAAGGCGAUGCAGACGUCCCACUGGGUAUGCAGAACUUGCUGAUGGCCCCACUGAUGAGAAAGGAAGAUGAGUCUAGCAUGCAGACCCCAGUGGAGGCCGGGAAAUGCCGCCGUCUUUUCCGCUCUCCGUCCAUGCCCAGCGCCGUCAUCAGGCCCAUCCUAAAACGGCUGGACCGGCCCCAGGACAGAGAGACGCCGGUGAAAACCAAGAGGCGGAAGAGCCUGGCUGGCAGCACCAUUGUGGAGAAAGCAGAGGAGCCGAAGCCACGGCAGGUUCGCUCACACUCCUGCUGCUCCAGCGAGAUUGCAAGCAUCUUGGACAACGACCACAGGGAGCUGAUUGGAGACUUCUCGAAGGCUUAUGUUUUGCAAACAGUGGAAGGGAAGCAUCAGGAUCUCAAGUACAUCUCUCCCGAAGUGAUGGUGGCCGUGCUGACCGGUCAGUUCAGCAACCUCAUUGAGAACUGUGUGAUCGCGGACUGCAGAUACCCAUACGAAUAUGAAGGAGGGCACAUCAUGGGUGCUGUUAAUCUCCCCUUGGAAAAAGACGUGGAAGAGUUCUUUCUCAGAAAGCCGCUUGUGCCGUUUGACUCGGCGAAGAGGGUGAUCGUUGUCUUCCACUGCGAGUUCUCCUCUGAGAGGGGUCCCAGGAUGUGCCGUUUUGUCAGGGAAAAAGACAGAGCGUGCAACGAUUACCCUUUUCUAUACUAUCCUGAGCUGUAUGUCUUGAAAGGAGGCUAUAAAGAAUUUUUCCCACAAUAUCAAAUGCACUGUGAACCCCAGAACUACCGUCCGAUGCACCACAAGGAUUUCAAGGAGGACCUUCGCACCUUCCGCCUGAAAAGCCGCACUUGGGCCGGGGAGAAGAGCAAGCGGGAGCUCUACAGUCGCCUCAAGAACUUCUAAGAGGCGGAGGGGGAGGGGGAGGGAUUGGUUUGGGGGUUGCAAAUGUCAAGGAGAGAGCUGUUUUUUCACCACACUUAUCUGGAGCAGACUUCCACAGCACAGAAAAACAAUUGCUUUUUUUCCUUCCUGCUGUGCACGUUCCUUUUUGGAGACUUUGAGCUAUGGAAAAACGGCGGGGGGGGGGGAGAAAGACCCACAACUGCUUUGUCUUAACAACUACUCCAACAAUAAUGAUACCUCUGGCUCCAGCAGGCUGGAACCCAACUCAAUGCUGUGAAUCUUCCUCUGUGACUUGGGUUUCUUUGGAGGGGCUGUUCUGUUUGGACCGGGGAAACACUAGGAACCCUGGAAGUCUGUGUCGGAAACUUUCAUCAAGGCGUGACCUGACUUGGGAGAGUCUCCUUCCUCCGGCUCGUCAACGCCUUUCUUGGACGGGGAGGAAAACUAGGCAGCUAUUGGGAACGUCCACUCUAGUAGUGCAAGGAAUCUUGCUGCAUGGACUGUCUGGGGAACAGCAUCGAGGUUGUGAAUGUUGCCUGUGUGCGUGUGAUUUGUCUUGGUCGAAGGUGAGCCAGGUGACCUGUUUUGAAUGGCCUGUCUGCUUGGCUGUGAGGAUUGUGGAGGCCAGGUGUGCUUGGAGAGGGGCAGGUUUUUUCCUCUUUCCCCGACCCCACCCCCAGGUGUACCACUGAGAGAAGUUUCCUUACACAACAGGCCCACCUGCCCAGGUGUUCUCACUCAGGGCUGGGGAACCUGUGACCCUUCCCAAUGGCAUUGGACUGCAUGGUCUCUGCUUUCCUGACUCUUGCCCAUGCUGGCUGGGGCUGAUGGGAGCAGGCAUCCAGAGGGGCCACAGGCUAGCCCACCCCUUCUCAUAUAAGGCUGAAGGUUCAAAUGCGUGUUUCGAAAGCAAGUCCAAAACCUGCCCACUAGAACAGUUCUGUGUUAGCCAGUGUUUUUAAAACAAAUUUUCUCAACACCAUCCUGUGGUGGUCCUAGAGCAGCCUGUCUUGGGAUGUGUGUUCAAAUCAAGAUGGUGAAAUUGCUUUGACUGAUCAAUUCUGCUGCUAUGACAAAAAUGAUGGGAAUUUGGGGUGGGUGGGAAGCUCAUCAUUUUGGAUUCCCUUUUCUUAUUCAGAGGGAAGAAGUGGAGCAAACUCCCCCGCCCCCGAGUUUUCUGUAUUUUGCAGCAAAACACAUUUUCCAAAAUUAUAUUCCUCCUCCUCUAAGUGCAGGGCCAAUUGUUGGCUUGACCCUCUGUGGUGCUGAGCGUUGGACCAUCUGUCCCCUGGUUCAGGGGUCUUGGCUGCGGUGCUGGCAUUUAAUCUCUCUGCUGCCACUGUAGUGGAGCCAGUGGCUGCUCUACUGCUGGUGGAGAAUUUAAAGGCAGGGCGCGGGGAAAAGGCAAAGGAACUUGUUCUGGAUCAAAACUCUCAAGCCUGGCCUUAGGACAGCCUUUGACAACCUGGGGCCCUCCAAAUGUUUUGGACUACCAUUCCCAUCAGCAUGGGAAGUUGCAGUCAAAAACAUCUGGAGGGCGGGAGGAUGGAGCAGGGUGCCUUGGGUAAAGUGGGAUUAGCUGUCAACCCUCCACCCCCUUUCCUAGGUACUGGGCAAGGCUUUAUCGGCUCUUUGUGCUGCUGAAGUCCAAAGUGAGCUCUUAGGGGGGUCCAGUUGUCUCUUGCCAUUGGCACCUGGUUGAUGGUCUUUCCAAAUCUGAGCCUUCCAUGCCAGGCUAGCGUUAACAGCCAUAGAGUGAGGAAGGACUGCAAUAUCUUACAGAGAAGCUCCAGGAAUGAUGGAAUGAAUCAUCGCCCAAUCUAAUUCUUUCUCCCCCUCCCCCCCCCCGGUAGCAAUUUCUGAAAUCUGAAAAGGCGUGCACAGUAUUUAACAGUACUGUCAACAAUACAAACAUUUCAGUUGCGCGCCCCAAACAAGGGGGGAGAAGGAAAGCACUUAAUGUUCAGUUUGCACAGCAAGCCCUGAUUCCCAUGUUGUGGGUUUUAUACAAAGACAGGUAAGGGAAUGGAUAUACCUUGGGGGGUAUUUUUUUUCCUCAUCCUAAACGUCCUGGAAGUGACUUACAGCUAUUGGACUUAAAAAAAAAAUUUUGAUGAUUUUUUAAAAAUGAAAACACGGGGGGGUUUUUUGGUUUUUUAAAAAUACCCCCAUCAGUUUAUUCUGAACCAAUUUAUUUUAUAUUUAAUUCAUGUAUGUAAGAACGGUAGUUUUGUGUUUUUUAAAAUGGAGAUUCCUUUUAGCAUGCUUUUAAAAAAAAAAAAAAUCCUAAUGCAAGCCCAUUCUAGCAAUCCUCUCUCUUUUCCAAUGCAUGAGGAUAGAUGCAUGGGGACAUAUAGAAGGUCCUUUAUACUUUAAUACAGUUUAUUUAUAGCGAGUCUAGAAUACUCAGCAAAAAUGUCACAAAAGUUCUGAGUGUGAAGGAAACAUUGAAAAAAAACCUUGUUUCAGACAUUGGAGUCCAUCAUAUGUAUAAAAAGAGCCCCCUGAAUUGGGUGGGAAGGAGACAAUGGGGCUUCAGUAUUAGGAUUAUUAGUAAAUUUUGGGGUGGGCAUGGGAUCAUCCCGGAGCUCUGAAGAGAAGCCCCAUUCCACGAUUAUUUGGGGUGGGGAAAGAGGCCUGCCUCCGAAUGUGGUGUGAUUCUGUUUAGAGGAAAAGGACCAGUGUUUUCAGCUAGUUGUCACGCUACUGAUUAGUAAGGUCCUUGCUCUCUUUUGCUGUCAGGUUUAUAUCUGGUGUUCUGAGUGUGCCAUCAAAGUCUGUGUCGGAGACUUAAAACUUUACUGCACAACGGUGGCUUGCAACGUCUGGUGUGUGUGCAUGCAUGCGUGUUAAGCCUCAACAUCACUGUAUGAUGAACCCUGCAGCCUUGGCCAAUGUGGCACCUUCCAGAUGUUUGGGACUACAAUGCCCGUCUCCUCCCCAAGCCACUGCAGCUGUGCUUCUGUCAGCCCCUGUGUCAUGUGCCUGAGCUGGCUGGGGCAUUGUAUGCAUUCCAAAAUAUUUGGAGCGCACCAGAUUGGUGAAGGCUGACCUACAGGAAUCCUGUUGUGAGGGUUGACACCAUACACUGGGUGUGGCUCUCUUGUGCUUCCUCAUGUUGGCCUUUACCAGUGUGAGCCAGGAUCCAUCCCUUCUACUGUGAACGCCACACUGAGCUUGUCCCAGACGCCGCUACUCAAUUAAAGUAAAUUAAAGGGCAAUUAGGAUCCCACACCCAAGCUUGCAUUUCUAGUGAAGGCUCUACUAUGAUCCAGCGCAGAGAAAUGGUGUUCCAUCUCUCUCUCUCUCUGUGUGUGUGUGUGUGUGUAUGCAUAUGUGUGCCCGUGGUUCCCGAUCCUGAAGCCUACGUCCAUGCACGGAUCUUCUGUUAUCAGGGCAGCCAUUCGCUUUUUCUGUAAAGCUGUUGAAUCCAGUUGGGCUUGAAAUGUGUUUGGAGGGAGAGAUGAUGCAAGAUGGGUUAUCACUUUGUUUGGUAAAAAAUUGUAUUUUUUAAACUCUUCACCCCCACCCCCAUUGCAGUCAUGUGUAAUCAGGGAGUGAAUAAACUGCUAAGUUGUUGCAGAAAAA